AUGGAUUAUAUGCAUUCAUGGCUUUCAAUACACUAAAAAUGAGCUCGACAUGGCCGUAGUUGAAUAAAAUUUAUCACUUAGUUUCUUGCACUGCCACUGUUUGAUGAAAUGCCGCAAUGAGUUUACAGGUAUUGAUACUUGAUUGAACAUAUUUAUUUUUUGGUGGUUGAAGACAAAAGAGUUAAAAGCAAUUAUGGAUGUCGAUGCACAGCCGACCAUGGAUGAAACUAUAUUGGUUGGAGAUGAUCUAAUGAUGGGGCCACCAUCCCCAAUCAUCCCACCUGAAAUUGCCUCUCAUGUUCUUGAAGGUGUUGAUUUGUGUGAUGGGAUUUUAAGGAACCUAUUCUUAUGCUUGCAGAUCAAUGAUAUUGAGCCUUUCUGUCAAGAUGAGCUUGCUUUGUAUCGACAAUGUGCUGAAAGGAGGGAUAAGGAACUAAGGCAACGCCUACAAGACAGUGAGCGCAAAUUAGGGUCAUCAAUGCCUAUAGAUGAAGCAAAGGAAAGAGCUUCUCAGCUUGAAUCAGAAGUUACAUCUUUGGAGAGGCGCUUGAUUCUUGCAAGUGGAAUUGAAGGCAUUGAAGGAUUUCGCCAGAGAUGGAGCUUGCAUGGUCGUCUAACAGAUACCAAAAAAAGGUUAGAAUCCUUAACGCAGGGCAUCGAGAAUAAAAAGAACGAAGUGAAAAACGAUGUACGGGCUCCAAGUUCAACAACCAGAAGAUGGUUUUUCUGGUGACGCUCUAAUAAGAACACUCGCCUCACUUACUGCUAGACCACACCAAUCGAUGGUUAUAAUAAUAAUAGCAGUAGUAACAACUAUAAAAGAACAAGUGGUUGUGAAAGGAAACAGUGUGAUUCAUGUGGAGGUGAUAUGGACAUCAGAAGGGAUUAGAUCAGCUUUGUUCUCGACAAUGGCUAGCAUACAAACCAUGCAAUUUGUCAUGAAAGUUUAUAUGACACUUUGCUCUCGGAGCCACUACAUUU